GGCGGAUGUUGUGAGAGGGGGAAAUGACAACAGACGAAGGAAGUUUCUCAAUCUCGGAAAACACGAGUCUUCUGGAGCUCUGAGGGUUUUUAUGACGGACAGUCAGCGGUAACGGGCUGGCAUGAGUGACGUCACGCCGAACACACCGGUUCGAAAGCUCCGGUACUCCGCGCUAAGAGCUUUAGCAGACCUGCUGGACCCGCAGGACACCUGGAGGAGCAUCAUGGCGGACAUCAGCAGACCCUGCGGGGAACCCAGAUACACACAGAUGCACAUGAGGCGGUUUGAAGCAUGCGUCCUGCAGGGAAAGAGUCCCACCAUGGAGCUGCUGUUCGACUGGGGAACCUCAGACUGCACUGUUGGAGAUCUGGUGGAGAUCCUGAUCCGCCAUCAGCUGUUCGCCGCCGUCACAGUCCUGCUGCCCGAUCACAGCGUCUGCCACACUCACACAGGCUCAGUGUGGUGUGAGGAAGCGGCUCCCGCGUCUGCAGUGUGUCUGCAGGCAUGCGAAAUCACCCAAACUGUAGAGGACAACAGUAAUAAACCCCAAAAAAUCUCUAAACCUGUGGAGGAUGACAGUAAUAAACCCGUCCAGGAGCAGGAGCUGUUUGUGGAGCCGGACAGCAGCUCUGGAGCACAGGAGAGCAGCUGGGACUCCAGCCAAGGCUUCCACACCUUCAGUCUCCAUGAGCUGACGGCGAUGACGCAGCACUGGGACGAGAGGCCACUUUCGGAUGGGGGCUGCCGGCUGGGCUCUGGAGGGUUCGGAGUGGUGUUCAGAGGACGCAUGGGGGAUAAACAUGUGGCGGUCAAGAAACUCAAUCCUUUGGACGGCAGUUCAUAUGAAGACCUCAGAAAGCAGUUUAACCAGGAGAUUCAGACACUCAGAAGUCUGAGUCAUGAGAAUGUGUUGCGUGUGUUGGGCUGCUCGUGCUCCGGCCCGCCGCUGUGUGUGGUGUUUGAGCUGAUGGUGAACGGCUCUCUGCUGGAGCGACUGGCCUGCGCUGAACACACACCUGCGCUCACCUGGAGGAACAGAUGCUGGAUCACUGUUGGAGCUGCCCGGGGCCUGAGCUACCUGCACACACACGCACACAUCCACAGAGACGUCAAGAGCGCCAACAUCUUACUGGACGAGGGUUUUGUGGCGAAGAUUUCAGACUUCGGCUUGACUCGCUCUGCGGCUGCAGGUGCUGCUGGAGGUUUUGUCUGGGCUUCCUCCAGUGGACGAGAGUCGGGAUCCUGCACUGUUGCUGGAGAUGAAGGAUGAUCUGGAUGAUGAGGAUCUCUCUCUGCUGGACUUCACUGACCGCCGCAUGCAGGAGUGGAGAACAGAAGAGCUGCAGAUCAGUUCUGUCUGUGCUGGAGGAUCUGCAUCAGAAAGUGAUCUCCAGAUGAUUCCGGUAAUAUAAUAAUAAAUAAUAAUAAUCAUCAAUAUUUACUGUACAAUCCUGAAAAAGAAAAAUCAACUACAAAAUAGAAAUGCAGGGCUUUUAUAUUGAACGAAUGCUUAGUUUAAAACUGACUGUGUGAAUCUCUGCUGCAUCUCUGAAUAAAGCCAGUCCAUGAACCAUUUAAA